UCAGAACGUUGUCAAUCAGCUGUGAAAGUGCUAGUCGCCCAGUCCUGUCUAGGUCUUUGCGGUUCCAUGCACAGCCCUCUGCACUUCCAUGCACUGUGGCCCACUGGGCUCCUCUGUCCAUGGGAUUUCCCAGGCAAGAAUACUAGAGUCAGCUGCCAUUUAUUUCUCCAGGGGCUCCUCCCAACCCAGGGAUCAAACCUGGGUCUCCCCCCAUUGCAGGCAGAUUCUUGACUGUCCCAGCCACCAGGGAAGCCCUGUCGUCCAAUAUAAAAUAAGAAGUUUAAAGAAAAAGAGGGCUGUGUCCUCUCUUUUGGCUCAGGGUACAGCAUGAGGAAAGAGGUGGAGCCAGGAGUGGUGUUGGAACAUUUGAUCCCUCCUUAAGCCGGUAGAUGGCAGGGCCUCCUCCUUCUCAAGCAAUCACUGCACUGGAUCCCAGGACACAGUUCUUUGCCUUCUGGAAUGUGGCGGGUCUCCACGUCCCACGCUGCGCCACCCCAUCGGUCUCCAGCCUUGUCAGCUCUACUCCAAAGGGCCCUGCCCACAGGCCAUGUCAUCCUCCACCCGAGUGGCGCUGGUCACCGGGGCCAACAAGUGCCUUGGUUUUGCCAUAGUGCGUGACCUGUGUCGGCGGUUCCCGGGGAAAUUGGUGCUCAUGGCACGGGACGAGGCGCGGGGUCGGGCAGCCACACAGCAGCUGCAGACCAAGGGCCCGAGCCCCCUUUUCCACCAGCUGGACAUCACUGACCUGCAGAGCAUCCGGGCACUGCGAGACUUCCUGCGCAAGGAGUACAGGAGCCUCGACGCACUGGUCAACAACGAGGCCAUCGCCUUCCAGAAGUGGUACACAGGAGGUCAUAUGGGCUUCUUUCACUCAGCCUCCCCUGAUGAUGCCAUCUUAUGUAAGUAUAAAGCAGUAUCAACCACAAAACACCCAUUGGUGCAAUACCGUUCACUAACACCAAACAUUGCUAGAGGAAAACAGAGUUCACGGAAAAAAUACUGUAUCAAGUAAGCAUUUUUACCAUAUGGCUUGUGUUUAUUAGCCCUAUUCUUUUUCUAUCCUAAAAGUUGGUGAUCCCACACCAAUUGAAAUUCAGGCAGAAGCGACCAUGUAAACAAACAUCCUUGGUACCCAAGCUGUGUGCACAGAGCUCUGGCCUCUGAUAAAAUGCCGAGGUGAGUCCAAUGGAGCCCAAACUGCAGGGUUUCUGGCAAGAUCUGAGCCCACCUGCAUCUGGUCUCAUCCUUCUCAGCUGCACUGACUUCCACCUGGUGGUCACUCGGCAGGAUGCCCGGUGGCCUCUGGUCCCUCUACACCCUGCCCGAGUCGUUGGUGCUCUCUGUCCAUCUGCACUUUGCACAUUUGGCUCUUUCUUCUCUUUCCCAUCUUAGUUCAAAGGUCUCCUCCAAGAGGCCCUUCACGUGCUCCAUGCCCAUCACAGGGGGUGUCCUCUCAGGAGUCUCUCCCAGACCUUCUCUCUCCCGUGCCCCUCUCAGAGUGACCUGAUUUGGGUUUGUGGUGCUCAUACUACCACAUUCAUUCGACCCCUGAAGACUUUUCUGCUUCUGGCCACCAGAGUGUUUCUUCCUAUGGCACUGACAUGGUGUAUUACCAAUACAGGUUUCUAGAUGCUAAACCAAGUAUACAUACUUCGGUCUUUAAGGUUCAGGAAGUCCCCAGACUAUCCUGAAGUUCAAUAAUUCACUGUAAGGACCGAGAACUAGGCAAACAGCUAUUAUAUUCAAAAGGACAUGGUUUUAGAAAGGUGGACAGUUACUCAGUUCAGCAGUGGUUAAAGGUCUCAUGGCCCAGGGUCUAAGAAGCCCAGUAUGGAGCUGGGACUUGACGUCUCCCUGCAGACCCUGGGGGCACCACGUAUUUCUCCCCCAAACAGCCUGUGUCAGACACAAGGGGUAUUACCAAGCAGUGGGCUCGACCCAGCCUUGAUGUCCAGGGUUCUUGGUGAGGGGUGGUCACGCAGGCAUGGCCCACUGCCCUCAUGGCGGGCCCUGCUCUCCAGCCCAUCCAGGGGUCCAGCUAAUACCAGCUAGGCCAAGGCCGCCACCAUACUCACACACGAACAUGGACUAGGUAACCUGACCCUCAAACAAGUAAUUGAGGACAGUCUUCUCAGGCAAGGAUGUUCAGGCUUCACUGUUACCUCCCAGAUGUCCUGGAAUAGGGCUGAAGCUUCCUCUGGCCAAGCUUAGCCCCUUACUUAUAGAGAACACCCUCUGCACCUUCCUUAAGACUCCCUUACAUCAAAAGGAUCAUCGAGCAUCUAAGUUUAGCCUAGAUUUUAUUUAACAGAUACAGAAAGAGUACAGAAAUAACAUCUCUCAUCGGGGGCAGCCAGAGUGGGGUUGGAGUAGUUGAGAGCAACAGAUAUUCCAGCUUCUAAAGCCACUACUUCCAUUUUCAUGUGUUUCUACUGAUACUAAUUUGUUUUCAAUUUUUAUUGGAAGAUGGUUGCUGUGCAGUAUUGUGCUGGUUUCUGCCAUACAUCACCAUGAGUCAGCCACAGGGAUACCUACGUCCCCUCCCUCCUGAACCUCUCCCACCUCCCAUCCCAUCCACCCCUCUAGGUUGUUGCAGAGCACUGGGUUGAUCUCCCUGAGUCACACAGCAGAUUCCCCCUGGCUCCGUAUCUUGCACGUGGCAAUGUGUGUGUUUCCGGGAUCCUCUCUCAGUGCCUCCCAUCCUCUCCUUCCCCCACUGUGUGCACAAGUGAGUUCUCUACGUCUGCAUCUCCACUGCUACCCUGCAAAUAGGCUCAUCAGUCCCAUCUUUCUACUUUCCAUACACCUGCCUUAAUACACAAUAUUCAUCUUUCCCUUUCUGACUUACUUCAGUCUCUACAGUAGGCUCUAGGUUCAUCCACCUUGAUGAACUUGAAUGAAUCAAGUUCAUACUAACUUGAUUCUCGCCUUGAUCAACUGCUACUUGUACCUUCAGUUCAGUUCAGUCGCUCAGUCGUGUCUGACUCUUUGAGACCCCAUGGACCACAGCUCGCCAGGCCUCCCUGUCCAUCACCACCUCCCAGAGUUUACCCAAACCCAUGUUCAUUGAGU